AAGCACUGCCCAGGGGCGAAACCCGUCCAUUAAUUUACCACCCAGGUCAUUUACGUCAUUUCACAUUUGACCUUUCGUUCACUAUAUAAACAGAGCCACUGCACAACAUUUUAUCGUACACUCGCCGCAGCCUCUAGUUUAAUCAAGGGUUUUUGAUUUCUCAAUUCGAAGAAGUUAGUUGCAGCUGAUAACUAUGGGAAAGGAGAAGGUUCACAUCAACAUUGUGGUCAUUGGCCAUGUCGAUUCCGGAAAAUCGACCACCACCGGUCAUCUGAUCUACAAGCUUGGCGGCAUUGACAAGCGUGUGAUUGAGAGGUUCGAGAAAGAGGCUGCUGAGAUGAACAAGCGUUCGUUUAAGUAUGCGUGGGUUCUUGACAAGCUCAAGGCUGAGAGAGAGCGUGGUAUCACUAUCGAUAUUGCAUUGUGGAAGUUUGAGACUAAUAAGUACUAUUGCACUGUCAUUGAUGCCCCUGGGCACAGGGAUUUUAUUAAGAAUAUGAUUACGGGGACUUCUCAGGCUGAUUGUGCUGUUCUUAUUAUUGAUUCGACUACUGGGGGUUUUGAAGCGGGUAUUUCUAAGGAUGGACAGACUCGUGAGCAUGCGUUGCUUGCUUUCACACUUGGUGUGAAGCAGAUGAUUUGCUGUUGCAAUAAGAUGGAUGCUACGACUCCCAAGUACUCAAAGGGUAGGUUUGAAGAAAUUGUGAAGGAGGUGUCAUCGUACUUGAAGAAGGUGGGAUACAAUCCUGAUAAGAUUGCUUUCAUCCCCAUCUCUGGAUUUGAAGGCGACAAUAUGAUUGAGAGGUCUACCAACCUUGACUGGUACAAGGGUCCAACUCUUCUUGAGGCUCUUGAUCAGAUCACUGAGCCAAAGAGGCCCUCUGAUAAGCCUCUUCGUCUUCCGCUUCAGGAUGUUUACAAGAUUGGAGGCAUUGGAACUGUCCCUGUUGGACGUGUCGAGACUGGAACCAUCAAGCCUGGUAUGGUUGUGACUUUUGGCCCAUCUGGGUUGACUACUGAAGUCAAAUCUGUUGAGAUGCACCAUGAGGCUCUUCAGGAAGCCCUUCCAGGUGACAAUGUUGGGUUCAAUGUGAAGAAUGUUUCUGUUAAAGAUCUCAAACGUGGUUAUGUUGCCUCGAACUCUAAAGAUGAUCCUGCCAAGGAGGCUGCCAAUUUCACUUCUCAAGUUAUCAUCAUGAACCAUCCUGGGCAGAUUGGAAAUGGAUAUGCACCUGUGCUUGACUGUCACACUUCCCACAUUGCUGUCAAGUUUUCUGAACUUUUGACCAAGAUAGACAGGCGUUCUGGUAAGGAGCUUGAGAAGGAGCCCAAGUUCUUGAAGAAUGGUGAUGCAGGGAUGGUUAAGAUGGUUCCUACCAAGCCCAUGGUUGUUGAAACUUUUUCAGAGUAUCCUCCCCUUGGAAGGUUUGCUGUUAGGGACAUGAGGCAGACUGUGGCAGUGGGAGUCAUCAAGAAUGUGGAGAAGAAAGAGCCCACUGGAGCAAAGAUCACAAAAGCUGCUGCCAAGAAAAAAUGAACCGUGCAGGACCUGCCUUCCAUCUUGGGGGGCUGUUACCAUAAUAAAGGCUUGGUUUCUAUGUUCAGUAUCUUUACUUGUCUAGUUUGUCGUGCGGUCUGUUUCUUUUUAGGUUUGUGUCAUGUGGUUGUUCCGUCAACUGGUACUUGGUCCGAGCACUGGGUACUUGAUCGGCGGUGGCGUGGUCAUUAUCCUUUGUCUUUUAGUAUGUUUUCUUUCUGAAUUUCGUGAUGUUGCCUGUGGACUUAAGUGGAUUUAUGGAAUUAUUCAAGCCUGCUUAGUUAUUUUAAA